AUGAAAACAGAUAAUGCUGUCAUUGAAAUGAGUUCACGGGCUGUAAAGAGACUGCCAAAGAUACUCAACAGAUUCCAGUCCUCUAGUUUUCCAGACAAUGCACCAACUUUGUUAAAAAAUGAGCAAUGGUUAGAAAGUUUCGAUAGAAAAAUAGGGUACAACGAGAGAGAGCUUGAAUUGUCGUAUGAAAGUGUCCCUAUGGGGGCCAAAUUUCCGGUAAAGAUAAAUUCCAUCCCUUCGAAAGGAAGAUACAUUGAAAUUGAGUCACCUCUGUCGUACUUUACCUCUACGAGCUAUUUCAGAAAGUUUAAUAAACAUAGUCGUACACAAGGAAAUUUCGUUGACAGCAGAAUUGUACGUUGCAAGAGCGGAUCAGGUGGGAGUGGGUGUAUUUCAUUUGCAAGAGAUGCAAACCAUAGGAUAGGACCGCCAGAUGGAGGUGAUGGGGGCCGUGGAGGCGACGUCUAUGUUAAAGCCGUUGAAGGUAUGAAUUCACUUGCCAAAUUGAAGUCCAGUUAUAUUGCAGGAGACGGUGGCUCUGGGGCUGCAAGACAAUUGGAUGGAGCUGCUGGCAAAGAUAUACUUAUCAAAGUGCCUAUAGGGACCACUAUUCGGUGGUCUCUUGAUCCUGACGAUGUACGACAACGUAUUGAAAAAGAUAUGCAAGCUGAUAAGAAUAAGUCUUUGAAGGAUAUCUUGAAUUCUAGGAUGAUAGAUUUAAAAUGUGUUGGUAAAUAUUACCAGGAUGUGGAUACGUAUUUUAUGCAGUUAUUUCGAAAUACGCGACCUUUAAUGGAUUCCUGGAUAUUCAAGCAUAAGACGAGAGAAUAUCAUGAAGAUAAAGCGUGGUUCAAACAACUCAAUCAGAAUAUGAUAGGUUACGAUAAGUCGCUGCACUACAAUGAAUUGCGCAACGAUAAAUUCCCACUUUUCGGAAUCGAUCUGAAGGAAACUACAAAAACUCCCAUUUGCCUCUUGCAUGGUGGAGAAGGUGGACUGGGGAAUAUGCAUUUUUUAACUAGCAUGAUUCGAAAUCCAAGGUUUGCUAGAGUCGGUAGAUAUGGCCUACAUUCCCACUUUUUAUUCGAGUUGAAAUCUAUAGCCGAUCUGGGCUUAAUUGGACUACCAAAUGCUGGCAAAUCGACCAUACUGAAUAAAAUUUCGAACGCACGACCAAGAAUUGGAGACUGGAAAUUCACAACUUUAAUUCCCACACUUGGAACUAUUUCGAGAGGUAUUACGAAAUCAAGUUUUACAGUAGCAGAUAUUCCAGGCAUAAUCGAGGACGCCCACUUAGACAAAGGGAUGGGUUUGGAGUUUUUAAAGCAUAUCGAAAGAUCCCGCGGUUGGGUGUUUGUACUAAGUCUUGAAGAUAACGCACCUUUAAACGAUCUCAUGCUCUUGAUAAAAGAGGUAGGAGGUAUGGAUGAGGUCAUGAAGAGAAACGUUCUAGUUGUGUGUAACAAAGCAGACAUAGGCAGGGAUAGCCCCCAGUACAUGGGGAAAUACCUCGAUAUAUUGAACUUUUGUAGAACCCAAAGUUGGGAUUGUCUUCCUAUUAGUGCAUUGAAGGGUGCAAAUAUUGACCUUCUGGUCGAUAAAAUGGCAAGAUGUGCUGGCACAGACUGA